UGUGCUGUGUUUGCAGCAUGUCGGGGCCCAACAGCUCGUCCGAGUGGGCCAUCGAGGGCCGGCGGCUGGUUCCUCUCAUGCCCAGACUCGUUCCUCAGACGGCCUUCACUGUGAUGGCCAAUGCGAUGGCCAAUGCGACCGCGCACCAGAACGCCUCGCUGCUGCUGCCCGCAGACACCGCCAACAAAGAAGUGGUGGUGUGUUACUCGUACACCAGCACCACCUCUACUCCACCCAGUGCAUCGGCUCCCAGCAGCUACAGCGCAGCAGCGGCCGUCAAAUCCCCUCGACCCGCCAGCCCUGCCUCCAACGUGGUGCUGCUGCCCAGCGGGAGUACAGUCUACGUCAAGAUCAAUUAUCGCCACCUACGCGUGAGCUGCUCCGAUGAGGACGAGAAACCUCGUAAGAGGCGGAGAACCAACUCGUCUAGCUCCUCCCCCGUACUGCUGAAGGAGGUGCCUAAAGUGGCCACGCCCAUUUCCAAAACCAUCACGGUCCCGGUGAUAAUCGUGACCACGUCUCCCAGCUCUAACUUCGUGCCCAACAUCUUGUCCAAGUCACACAACUACGCGGCCGUGUCGAAGCUGGUCUCGAGCGCCGCGCUCUCCGUCUCCAGCCACAAACAGACCAUGGUGCUCUCAGCCGGCUCCAGCGCGGCCCCGGGGCCCAGUCCUGUCGCCGUGACGACCACUGUGUCCUCCACACCAUCAGUGGUGAUGUCCAACGUCACACAGGCUUUCAAAUUGGUGCAUUUGCAUGCUGUGUUUGACUUUAAUGGUGCAUGUAACACUGAUAAGAAAUUAAGCGCGUGGAGGAUGAGUUUUUGGAUGAGAGAGAAUCUGUGUGUUUGGUGUUGUUUACAGAAAUCGGAGACGCGUCAGAGGCUGCUGCGCAACGUCAAGAAGGAGGUCAAGCAGAUCAUGGAGGAGGCCGUGACACGCAAGUUUGUGCAUGAAGACAGCAGUCGCAUAUUCUCUUUCUGCGGUGUGGUGGAAGCGUGUGUUCUUCAUGGGCUGAAGCGACGGGCCGCUGGAUUCCUGCGCAGCAACAAGCUGGCGGCUCUCUUCAUGAAGAUGGGGAAGAUGUUUCCACCGGCCGAGGAACUCUGCAGGAAAGUUCAGGAACUGGAGCAAAUCAUCGAGAACAAACAGAACCAGGGUCAGACGAGUCAAGAGAGCGUCCGGAAACCUUCCCGCUCUCUAAACCUGUCUCCGCUGGCCAUCAAACACCUGUGGAUCCGCACGGCCCUCACAGAGAAGCUCCUGGACAAAAUCCUCCUGUAUCUGGUGGAGAACAGCAGCAAGUUUUAUGAAAGAGAAGCUCUGCUGAGAGAUCCAGUCGACGGCCCAAUCCUCGCAUCUUUGCUUGUCGGCCCCUGUGCUCUGGAGUACACAAAAGCCAAGACGGCCAAUCAUUUCUGGACAGACCCCUCGGCUGAUGAACUGGUGCAGAGACACCGCAUCCACAGCGGACACUGCCGGCAGGAUUCCCCCACCAAACGCCCGGCGCUCAUCCAGAAGAGGCAGUCGAGCGGCAGCAUGGACGACCGGCCGUCUCUGUGGGCGCGGGAUUAUGUCGAAUCUCUUCAUCAGAACUCCAGAGCCACGCUGCUCUUCGGGAAAAACAACGUCCUGGUGCAGCCGACAGACGACAUGGAAGCAAUCCCAGGAUACCUGUCUCUUCACCAGACGGCCGAUCUGAUGACGCUCAAGUGGACACCGAACCAGCUGAUGAAUGGAAACAUGGGGGAGCCUGAUUACGAGAAAAGUGUAUAUUGGGAUUACGCCAUGGCCAUUCGUCUGGAGGAAAUCGUCUAUUUGCACUGCCAUCAGCAUGUGGACAGUGGAGGGACUGUGGUUUUGGUCAGUCAGGACGGGAUCCAGAGGCCUCCGUUUCGCUUUCCUAAAGGUGGUCACCUGCUUCAGUUCCUCACGUGUCUGGAGACGGGCCUCCUUCCUCACGGACAGCUAGAUCCUCCGCUCUGGUCCCAAAGAGGAAAGGGAAAAGUGUUUCCAAAGCUGCGUAAAAGAAGCCCACAUGAAUCCAGCGAGUCGUUCUCGGACAAAGAUGAAGACGAGGCCACAGAUUAUGUGUUUCGGAUCAUAUAUCCUGGCAGUCAGGAGUUUGUGGGACCGGAGCUGAUGGAUCAGACGGUGAACAUGUGGCAGCCCACGCCCAGGCAGUCGUCUUGUCCUUCCUGUUCACAGAAUGGCUCUUCAGACGGUGGCCUUCCCAAUGGAUGCAACCAUGACAGGGCUCCGCUGAAGCUGCUCUGCGAGACCAUGAAGCACCAGAUCAUCUCUCGAGCUUUCUACGGCUGGCUGGCGUACUGCCGUCACCUGUCCACCGUCCGCACACACCUGUCUGCUCUGGUGAACCCCACCAUCAUUGAGCCUGACAUCCCUUAUGAUGCCAGAGACGGUCUGUCCACAGAAGUGUGGAAGAGCUUUCUACAGGACAGCACUGCGUUCGAGGAGGAGGAGCUGCUUCGGCUGGUGUAUUAUGGUGGUGUGGAUCCAUCUCUGCGUAAAGAGGUCUGGCCCUUCCUUCUGGGCCACUAUCACUUCAGCAUGAGCCUCACAGAGCGCAAAGAGGUGGAUGAGCAGGUUCGAGCCUGUUAUGAGCAGACCAUGAGCGAGUGGCUGGGAUGUGAAGCCAUCGUGCGUCAGCGGGAGAAGGAGCAGCACGCAGCCGCUCUGGCCAAAUGUGCGUCAGGCGCCAGCGGGGACCACGGCUCACGCCAGGACUCCACCAUCAGCACGGAUUCAUCUCAGAGCAGCAGCUCCGAGAAACAGAGUCACGCCGGAUCACACAGCGACUCCAACAGCAGCACUCAGGUGUUCGGCUCUGUAGACGAGGUGGACCCGAUCGAAUCAGAGCCCAAACCCAAAGACGAGAAGCCACAGCCCAAAAUCCCGAACGGCACUCUGCCCAAUUGCACCAGUUCUCCAGACUCCGGACACCCUUCAUCCCGUAACUUCUCCGUGACCUCGGCCCUCUCAGACUGCUCUCCGAGCACAGAGGAGACAUCCACGCAAGAGUCAGGGUCCAAAACCGCAGGCCAAAAGCCACCGUCAGGAGACCAGACAGAAGAGAAGACCAAAGAGGAGCGAGCGGAAAACAGCUCCACUACUCAGGACAUGGUCAAAGAAGAUGCUGAGGUUUCACAAACAGAGAGCCUUGCUUCAGAAGCUGCAAUAAAGCCUCUAGAAAGUGACAAACCCCAGACUUUGAAUUCAGAAGACGGCAAACCCCAGACUUUGAAUUCAGAAGAAGAAAAACGCAAGACUUUGGAUUCAGAACAAGAACAACUACAGACUUUGGAUUCCCAGACUUUGAAUUCAAAAGAAGAAAAACCCCAGACUUUGGAUUCACAGACUUUGAAUUCAGAAAAAGACAAACUCAAGACUCUGAAUUCAGAAGAAGACAAACUCCAGACUUUGAAUUCAAAAGACGACAAACCCCAGACUUUGAAUUCAGAAGAAGAAAAACGCAAGACUUUGGAUUCAGAACAAGAACAGCUACAGACUUUGGAUUCCCAGACUUUGAAUUCAAAAGAAGAUAAACUCAAGACUCUGAAUUCAGAAGAAGACAAACUCCAGACUUUGAAUUCAGAAGAAGACAAACUCCAGACUCUGAAUUCAGAAGAAGACAAACUCCAGACUCUGAAUUCAGAAGAAGACAAACUCCAGACUCUGAAUUCAGAAGAAGACAAACUCCAGACUCUGAAUUCAGAAGAAGACAAACUCCAGACUCUGAAUUCAGAAGAAGACAAACUCCAGACUCUGAAUUCAGAAGAAGACAAGCUCCAGACUUUGAAUUCAGAAACAUCCAAGACAGUAACACAGGAGGUGGCAGAUUCAGAGGAUGAUGCAAACUCAAAAAACACAGCUGAUGUGUCUCAAAGAGAAACUAAAAUGCAAAACAAUGCUGGAAAAUCUGAAGAAAAUGACAUGAAUGAAUCGCAACAGGAUCCUAUUGAAGAAACAACCAAAUCUUCAGAAUCUAAAGAGGUUGAGAUUGAAGAUCCAGGACAUGCGUCUUCUCCGUCUGGAGAAGAAAACACAAAAUCAAAAGCAGACCCAGAAACGUAUUUGAAAAUGGAUGAAGGUCAAUACGCCAAAUCUGAUCCACAGCCGUCAUUGGAUGUUACGAAAAUCUCUCAAACGGAUGAAAUUAAACUUGAAUGUUCAUCUGAAGCACAGAAUGUGAUACAAACUCUGAAUGAAGCCAUCAGUGCACCGCAAACGAUUGACUGGGACGCCGGGCGAUCCAUAAUCAAACAGAUCACCGAUCCAGAGUCUUCCCUAUCCAAACAAUCUCCGGAUAUGUCCGACGACUCGCCCUCGGCACUAGAAAUGGAGGAUAUUGCUUCGUCUGUGGUUUAUAUGUCCUCGGAGAGCAGCGUUUGCAGGACGCCUCUGACUUUGGCUCGUCCCAUGGCACCGGAGAAGAUAGUCGUGGGAAUGCCGGCUCUGGAGCUCUGCAUGGAGCCGAGCAUCAACACCAGUCCGGAGGGAACAGACUCGGCUCUAUCUGAGGAGGAACCGGAAAUGGACAACUCAUUCCCCAAACCAGACUCUCUAGCCGUCACAGGAGACAAGAACGACAUCGUGUCUCCAGUCUCGUCUAUCGGGACCACCUACUCGCAGGAGCAGGUUGACCUUUACACACUUAAUCUGCACCGCAUUGACAAAGACGUCCAGCGAUGUGACAGAAACUACUGGUAUUUCACCCCAGACAACCUGGAGAAACUGCGCAACAUCAUGUGCAGCUAUGUUUGGCAGCACCUUGAUAUUGGAUAUGUCCAGGGAAUGUGUGACUUACUAGCGCCCCUGCUGGUCAUCCUGGAUGAUGAGGCCAUGGCCUUCAGCUGCUUCACUGAGCUCAUGAAACGAAUGAACCAGAACUUCCCUCACGGAGGAGCCAUGGACACACACUUCGCCAACAUGCGCUCCCUCAUCCAGAUUCUGGAUGCCGAGCUGUUCGAGCUGAUGCAGCAGAACGGUGAUUACACACACUUCUACUUCUGCUAUCGCUGGUUCCUCCUGGACUUCAAGAGAGAAAUGGUGUACGAUGAUGUGUUCUCGGUGUGGGAGACCAUCUGGGCCGCGCGUUACGCCUCCUCGGAGCACUUCGUGCUGUUUAUCGCACUGGCGCUGGUGGAGCUGUACCGAAACAUCAUCCUGGAGAACAACAUGGACUUCACCGACAUCAUCAAGUUCUUCAAUGAAAUGGCGGAGCAUCACGACGUCCCGAAGCUGCUGCUCAUGGCCCGAGAGCUGGUGCACAAGGUCCAGAUCCUGAUCGAGAACAAGUGAACCCACUUCCUUUAGCAAUCUGAAGACGCUCCGUGUCAGUAAACUAACCCUCAGCUCAAACAAAUGCCAAACUAGUGUUGCUUUCAUCUGCCCAGACUUAAUAUUAUUGUAUUAUUCGAUUCAUUUAUAGCGAAUGCAUAGUGAAAUAGGAAGUUGUGAGAGUAAACGUGACUGCGAAUAGAAAAGAGAUGAAGAGAGAUAUUAUAAAAAUAAUAAAUAAUGUAGGAUGCUCUGAGAAUAGUUUUAUACGAGGUCGUGGAUGGCUAUGAAAUAUAUAAAGAUGAUCUAUGAAUGGCAGGGAUGGCGUGCACCCUUUCUAAGACUAGAGGUUUUCUAAAAGCACAAAGUAUUCAAAUUAAUGCUGUAUAUUUAUUUA